GAUUCCCACAUCCUUGCCAAACAAAAGCCUAAAAUUCUCGGGGCGGCUGUAGGAUUUGAAAUUCCGGUUUCCAUAGCGAUUGGUCUAAAAAACUCAAAAGAAAAAAGAAAUUAAAAAAAGAAAAAGGAAAAGAUCCCAGAUUCUGAGGGAAACUUAGCAGAUCUCUCUGUUCCUCACGCUCUCACUUAGAAAAAUCUCUUUCAUUUCCGUCGCUGCCACCGUCCAGAUCGACGUCUACAAACUAGACCCAAGCGAAAAAAAGAAAAAAAGAAAAAAAGAAGAGAAAUGGCUAUGGUGGAUGAGCCUCUAUACCCAAUUGCGAUUUUAAUUGAUGAGCUCAAGAAUGAAGAUAUUCAGCUUAGAUUGAACUCGAUCCGUCGACUAUCAACAAUUGCUCGUGCUCUUGGGGAGGAGAGGACCAGGAAGGAAUUGAUUCCUUUUCUUAGUGAGAAUAAUGAUGAUGAUGAUGAAGUUCUUCUUGCAAUGGCCGAAGAAUUGGGAGUUUUUAUCCCCUAUGUUGGAGGUGUAGAGCAUGCCAAUGUUCUGCUUCCACCUUUGGAAACUCUAUGCACUGUGGAGGAAACUUGCGUGAGGGACAAAGCAGUGGAGUCUUUGUGUAGAAUUGGGGCCCAGAUGAGGGAGCAGGACUUGGUUGAGUCCUUUAUUCCUUUGGUUAAGAGACUGGCUGCUGGUGAGUGGUUUACGGCUCGAGUGUCUUCAUGUGGUUUGUUUCAUAUUGCUUACCCAAGCGCUCCGGAGACAUUAAAAGCUGAACUACGAACAAUAUACAGUCAGCUGUGCCAAGAUGACAUGCCGAUGGUUAGAAGGUCUGCUGCAACUAACCUGGGGAAAUUUGCUGCUACUGUUGAACCCACCCAUUUGAAAACUGACAUCAUGUCAAUAUUUGAGGAUCUGACGCAGGAUGAUCAGGAUUCUGUCCGCUUAUUAGCUGUUGAGGGUUGUGCGGCUCUUGGGAAGUUGUUGGAACCCCAUGAUUGUGUGGCUCACAUUCUCCCUGUCAUAGUUAAUUUUUCACAGGACAAGUCAUGGCGUGUUCGUUACAUGGCUGCAAAUCAAAUAUACGAGCUUUGUGAAGCUGUUGGUCCAGAGCCUACUAGGUCAGAACUGGUGCCUGCAUAUGUUCGGCUGCUUCGUGAUAAUGAGGCUGAGGUCCGAAUAGCUGCUGCUGGGAAAGUGACGAAGUUCUGCCGAAUUUUGAGUCCAGAACUUUCAAUUCAGCAUAUCCUUCCAUGUGUGAAGGAAUUAUCAACAGAUUCAUCCCAAUAUUGUCGUUCUGCUUUGGCUUCAGUUAUAAUGGGCAUGGCACCUGUUUUAGGAAAGGAUGCAACCAUAGAGCAACUACUGCCUAUUUUUCUUUCUCUGCUGAAGGAUGAGUUUCCUGAUGUGCGGUUGAAUAUUAUCAGCAAGCUCGAUCAAGUCAACCAGGUGAUCGGAAUUGACCUGCUGUCCCAGUCUCUAUUACCAGCGAUUGUCGAACUUGCAGAGGAUAGGCACUGGAGGGUUCGGCUUGCAAUUAUAGAGUAUAUACCUCUAUUGGCAAGUCAGUUGGGUGUGCGGUUUUUUGAUGAUAAGCUUGGUGCCCUUUGCAUGCAGUGGUUAAAAGAUAAGGUUUACUCAAUACGUGAUGCAGCUGCUAAUAAUGUGAAGCGCCUUGCAGAAGAAUUUGGCCCUGAGUGGGCAAUGCAGCACAUAAUCCCACAGGUUUUGGACAUGAUUAACAACCCACACUAUCUGUACCGGAUGACCGUUCUACAUGCAGUUUCUUUACUUGCCCCUGUUAUGGGGUCAGAAAUAACUUGUUCCAAACUUUUGCCUGUAGUCGUUACCGCAUCAAAAGAUAGGGUACCCAACAUCAAGUUCAAUGUGGCUAAAGUUUUGCAGUCACUUAUUCCUAUUGUUGAUCAGUCCGUGGUGGAAAAGACGAUCAAGCCCUGUUUGGCGGAACUUAGUGAGGAUCCGGACGUCGAUGUGAGGUUUUUUGCGAGCCAAGCACUGCAAUCUAGUGAUCAGGUUAUGAUGUCUAGCUAGGUAGAUGCUGGUAGAAUAUUCAAAUUUAACAUCUUUUUGUUUCUUUCCAAUUGGUGAAGUUUGUUGGCAAUCUGAUGUAUGUAAUAUCUUACUUGAGGUGCAGAUUUCUUGGCCAGUCUGUAACUGUAUUUUGAUGUUUUGUGAGUCUAUUUCCAUGUAUCAGUAAUUUUUUUUUGCUUCAAUCUCAAUCUAGAUUUUAUCUUUUAAAA